GCAGCAGAGGCCGCUAGGCUUGGGAUGAAAGAAGCAGGGCAGAUGCAAAAUCUGGAGAGCGCGGGGGCCGGGCGGUCAGUCAGCACCCAGACUGGCAGCAUGACUGGUCAAAUACCAAGGCUUUCUAAAGUCAACCUUUUCACUCUGCUCAGUCUCUGGAUGGAGCUCUUCCCAACAGUAAAUACAGCCCAAAGACAAAAAUCUCAGGAAAAGGAAGAGGGAAAGCAUGGACCCUUAGGAGAUAAUGAGGAGGUGGCCAGAAUAUCUACUGAUAAAAAACAGGUGAAGAGAACUGGCCUUGUGGUGGUGAAAAACACGAAAAUUGUUGGUCUCCAUUGUUCUAGUGAAGAUUUACAUGCUGGGAAAAUUGCUCUUAUAAAACAUGGGUCAAGGCUGAAAAACUGUGAUCUUUAUUUUUCCAGAAAACCAUGUUCUGCUUGUUUGAAAAUGAUUGUAAAUGCUGGAGUUAACCGAAUUUCAUACUGGCCUGCUGAUCCAGAAAUAAGUUUGCUUACUGAGGCUUCUAGUUCUGAAGAUGCAAAGUUAGAUGCCAAAGCAGUGGAAAGAUUGAAGUCAAACAGUCGGGCCCACGUGUGUGUCUUACUUCAGCCUUUGGUGUGUUAUAUGGUGCAGUUUGUAGAGGAGACCUCUUACAAAUGUGACUUUAUUCAAAAAAUUGCAAAAACACUGCCGGAUGCUAACGUUGACUUUUAUUCUGAAUGUAAACAAGAAAGAAUAAAAGAAUUUGAAAUGUUAUUUUUGGUUCCAAAUGAAGACAUGCAUAAGCAAAUACUGAUGACUAUAGGUUUGGAGAACCUCUGUGAAAAUCCAUACUUUAGCAAUCUAAGGCAAAACAUGAAAGACCUUAUCCUCCUUUUGGCCACAGUAGCUUCCAGUGUGCCCAACUUUAAGCACUACGGAUUUUAUUGUGGUAAUACCGAACAGAUUAAUGAAAUUCACAAUCAAAGUUUGCCACAAGAAAUUGCAAGGCACUGCAUGGUUCAGGCCAGGUUAUUGGCAUAUCGAACUGAGGAUCAUAAAACUGGAGUUGGAGCAGUCAUUUGGGCAGAAGGAAAAUCUAGGAGUUGGGAUGGAACCGGUGCCAUGUACUUCAUAGGAUGCGGUUAUAAUGCUUUUCCUGUUGGGUCCGAGUAUGCUGAUUUCCCACACAUGGAUGAUAAACAGAAAGACAGAGAAAUAAGGAAAUUCAGAUACAUUGUACAUGCGGAACAGAAUGCCUUGACAUUUAGGUGUCAAGAAAUAAAACCAGAAGAAAGAAGUAUGAUCUUUGUCACAAAGUGCCCAUGUGAUGAGUGUGUACCUUUAAUUAAAGGUGCAGGCAUAAAACAAAUCUAUGCAGGAGAUGUAGAUGUUGGAAAAAAGAAAGCAGACAUCUCUUACAUGAGAUUUGGGGAACUUGAGGGUGUUAGCAAAUUUACAUGGCAGCUGAAUCCAUCAAGAACUUGUGUGGGUGAACAAAAUGAGCCUGAAAGCAGAGAGAACGGUGUGUUGAGACCCAUACCUCCCGGUGAAGAUCAGCACCAAAGCAAAAAGCUGUGUCUCGGGAACCGCUAAGAAGUCCUGUCUAGACUGGAGUGAAGCCUCAAGAACUUUUAUUGCACUUUUAAAACUCUAGCCUUGUUAACUCAGAAAAUAAGGACGGAUUUUAUGAAUAACUGGAAAAAAAAUUUAAGGAAGCUACUUUAUUAUCACCAUAUGAAUGAUGUUAAUGACAAUAUUUUCAUUUUAGAUUUGUCUGUUUUCCAGAAUAUAGCGGUGUGGUCUUUUAUUACAUUAAAUGAGGUAGCAAUAA